AUGCACCACAGCAACCAGGAACUCUCUGAGCCCACGAUUGUGGGCGACUUCAAGCUGUACAAUGUGAGCGGCUCCCGCUUUGAGGUGCCGAAGAAGUACACCCUGCUGAAGAUACUCGGAACGGGGGCGUACGGCAUUGCCUGCAGCUGCCUCAACGAGGAGACGAAGGAGAAGGUGUCGAUCAAGAAGUGCCGGGACGUGUUCAGGGACCUGGAGGAUGGCAAGCGCGUGCUGCGCGAGAUAGCGAUGAUGCGCUUCUUUCAACACGAGAACCUCCUGCACGUCAUGGACAUCCUGCCGCCCAUGAAAAGCUACAGCGACUUCCGCGACGUGUACAUCGUCACCCCGCUGAAGGACGUGGACAUGAACGUCGUGCUGCGGUCCCGGCAGGAGCUGACCGACGCCCAUGUGCGUUACUUUGUGUACCAGAUCCUGCGUGGGCUGAAGUACCUGCAUAGCGCCGGCGUUGCCCACCGCGACCUCAAACCGGCCAACCUUGUCACGGACAUUUCCUGCGAGCUGAAGAUUAUUGACUUUGGCCUCUCACGAAAUGUCACGAUGCCGUACUAUGAGCUGACCGACUACGUCAUCACACGCUGGUACCGGCCACCGGAGCUGCUGCUGGAGAACAACUACUACACCACGGCGGUGGACAUCUGGUCCGUUGGGUGCAUCAUGGCGGAGAUGUACACCCGCAAGCCCGUGCUGCGUGGCCGCAACACGAUGGACCAGCUGCGUCUCAUCUGCACGCACAUUGGCAAACCACCGAGUGCGAUGGUCAACAACCCCGAGGCGCUGGACAAGCUGCAGGGCCUCCCCGACGGCUCGCUGAAUGUGACGGAGCUGGUGCCGGGGUUGACGGACCCGGAUGCGAUUGACAUCCUCACAAAGAUGUGGGAACUUGACCCAGCCAAGCGUAAGUCGGCAGCGGAGCUGCUGCAGCACCCCUUCCUGGCGCCUCUGCACGAUGAACAGGACGAGCCGGACUGCCCAACGCUCUUCUCCUGGCCCUACGAGCAGCAGGAGAUGGGCCCCGCGGCCCUGCGACAGGCCUUCUGGGAAGAGAUUUGUGCCUUUAACCCACAACUGGCCACGCAUCCGUCUACCGAUUCCACACUGCAAGAGCAGGUGCGUACUUAA